AUGUGGAUGAAAGAGUAUGCAAAAAUCAAAGUAGAAAAAGACUGCACUAGACUGGAAGCGUUGUAUAAAGUUCACGCUACGCUUGUAGAUGGAAAAUUCGCUUUAUACAAUGAAGAAGUUCGCAAGCAACUGAGCUUUUUGAUCAUGCAGUGGAUGGCGAGGAUAUACAGAAAGGAUUUGCAGCCGGAUCCAAGGCGAUUGAAUCUAAGAGAUGCACAGCUUCAACAAUCACUUGCGCAUUACUACAAGGUCCGUAAUAGUCUGAAAAUUCUGAAACUCCCCAGAAUACAGCAGGAUACCGAAGAAAACCCUUACAUUAGAGCCUUGGAGAAUUACUUGAAGUUGUUUAAAAACGAUCAAACUAAUUAUUUCUGCCGCCUUGUUGUGCCAAAUGCGAACGGAAACACGAUCAGGUUGAAAUUUCUAAAAAGUCCAGUUCCCAUAAUCGAGGAGAUGCCGGACUUGGGAGAAAUUCCACGGGAUGAGCAGAAUGAGAGAAACAGAAAUAACCAACUUCGAAGGUUUGAUCCACGUUGGAUGCUGACUGCAACACAAAGAAGAAUGGCAGAGUUGCAGGACAUCAGCGAAACAGUUUGGGAGAAGGCCAAGCGAAGUGACACUAUGAUAGAACAAUCAAAGGCGUUCAUGUUAGGCUAA